CGGACUGUAACAUUGAAUCAGUUACAGGUCGCUUAGCUGGAGCGCAGUUGUGAGGACGGUCGCGGAUGCGGACAGAGGGUCGCACAUAUGCUCUCACAGCGCAGGAUCUCUGAGGAUUACAGCCGCUGCAAAGGACCCUUACUGCGCCUUUUGGAGCGACCAAUUCACUGUGGAUAUACGUACACCAAAGGAAUAUAAAGAGGGGAUUACUAAAAGGUCAGAACAUCCAUAGUCAUGGAUGAGCUGAAGACGUAUGUCGUCUUUGGAGUUCUCUUGGUGGCGCUGGUUUCGGUUACCUCCGGGCUGUCGCCACCAACCAUCGUGUCCAACGAAGAGGAGUUCAUCCUCAAGCCUAACUCCAUGUUCAACAUAAGCUGUACCGGUAAAAGGAACGUGAUCUGGGCUGACCCCCUGCCCAAAAACACCUUAGUUUACACAGGAUACUACACGGCGACGCUUUUCAUCUCCAACGCGACUGUGGAGAACACCGGCUACUACAUGUGCGUCUAUGACAGCCAGGAAGGUGAACUGCAGGACGACCCGGAUGACGACAACGAGGCGGGAAUAUAUGUGUUUGUCCCAGAUGCCCAGGCUCCAUUUGUCCCUGAGACACCCGAUAACCUGAUAGUCCCCAUGGAACCAAGCGGAGUCCCCAUCUCCUGCCGUGUGUCGAACCCCAACUCUCACGUCAUCCUGAGGAGUGUUUCCAGUGGAGAGGAGAUGUCUGCCCUCUACGACAACAAGAUGGGCUUCUUUGGAAACCUCUCGCCCGGGCAGUACCAGUGUGAAACCACUCUGAACGGCCAGACGUUCACAAGUCUCGUUUACACCGUGGAGACGGAGGACCUCUCUGAGAUUGAGGAUUUUGACGUGGAAGUAAGAGCCAGCGAGGAGACGGUGAGAGCCGGGCAGCCUUUUAACAUCACCUGUGUCACUCCAACCGGUCUGGGCUUCCUGCAGCAGUGGCUCCAUCCUAAAAAACAGGCUGUGGGUGCAGUUCAGCUGAAACAGACUUUCCCAGACUGGGUCAUCUACACCCUGAGUAUCCCACAUGCCACCUCUCAGGACAGCGGCACGUACGAGUGCUCCGUAACGCACGAGUUCAGCAGAGAAGUCAGAGUCAGCAGUGUGUCGGUCACCGUCUUCGAAGAGAGUUCCUUUGUGGCGCUGGACCACAGUGGGAUUUUAGCUACGGAGUCGGUCAACCUUUUAGAGGAGACAGAGUUUACCAUCCUCAUUAAUGCCUACCCGCCCCCCAAAGUGAUGUGGCUGAAAGACGGCAAAGCCAUACCAGAGAGCUACUUCGUCCUCACAAAAACCAGCCACCUCGAAGGGAAUCGGUAUCAAAGCAUUCUGACGUUACGAGAGGCUCUGGUGAAAGACAACGGGGAGUAUACCAUCACAGCCACCAGCGGCUCUCGCACUGCUCAGUUCUCCUUCAACCUCCAAGUGAAAGCCCCCACCGCAAUGAUGUUCCCACCAUCCUCAGCCCCUCAGCUGCUGCCAAAUGUGGAGGAGAUGGUGGUGCCCCUCCACACUUCUUUCACCUUGACCUGUCGGGGAGAGGCAAAACUAGCCUGGGAGACGCCGUUUGAAAUGCCGGAGAAAACACAGGAGGACAACAGCGGCCUGUUUGUCACCACCAUCACUGUGGACAAUGCCACUGCAAUGCACACUGGCUACUACAUAUGCUUCUACAGUAGAAAUACCACUGAUGACACAGAAGACAGCAGCAUCUACAUCUAUGUGCCAGAUCCAGAUGCUCCCUUUGUGCCAUCGCCGGUGCCUUUUGGCAACCACGUCCUGUCCGACCACGAGGAGAUGGAGAUCCAGUGUCGAGUGUCUGAUCCCAGUGCUAACGUGACCCUGGUUAACGUUGACACCCAGCAGCCUGUGCCGAGUGUCUAUGACAGCAAGAGGGGCGCUUUGGGAGUAUUCACCGCUGGAACCUACGUCUGUAAGGCUCUCAUAAACGGAGAGGAACACUACAGCGGGGAAUACAUCGUCCACGGCUGGACAGGCGACGCUGCGCUGCACGUCGAGCUGACGGCCAAGCGGACCGCUCUGCUGGUGGGAGACACCAUCACAGUCACCUGUCUGGCUCGUGGAUCUGAGAUUCUGGAAGACCACUGGAAAUACCCUGGCAAAGUGGCUAAUCGGGCUGUCAAAACAGUGCAUGAGAACAAGAGGGACCAGGAGAUCCUUUACACCCUGACGAUCCCACAAGCCUCAACCAAGGACAGCGGCAUCUACUCUUGCUCCAUCACUGAUAUUAUCAGUAAUGAGAGCCAGACAAAGCAACUAGCUAUUCAAGUUUUUGGAAGUGAGUUUUUGACCAUCUGGCCCAAGUUCGGAGAAUAUGAAUCAGCUGAACUGGAUGAGGUGCGGGAGUUCAAGGCCGAAAUCAGCUCCUUCCCCAGCGCUCAUGUUACUUGGCUCAAAGACGGCAUCCCACUCAGCGACGUGACAGCGGAGAUCUCCACCAGCCUCCGGCAAGUCAGCGAGACCAGCUACAUGAGUGUUCUUACGCUGAUCCGAGCCAAGGAGGAGGACAGCGGGAACUACACCAUGCGAGUGGAGAAUGGAGACCAAAGACGCAAUGUUGGAUUGAUGCUGGAAGUCAAAGUGCCUGCAGUCAUUGUGGACCUGAUGGACAUCCACCAUGGCUCGGCAACAGGCCAGUCUGUGGUUUGCAUUACAAGAGGGCAGCCCACUCCUGUGGUGGAGUGGUUCGUCUGCAAGAACAUCAAACAUUGUGCCAAUGACUCGUCCUCCUGGGUGCCUCUCCCCGCCAACUCCACGGAGAUCUCAAUGGACUCACACUUUGACGAAGAAAAUAACCUGGAGAGCCAAGUCAUGUUUGGUCAUCUGGAAAACACACUGGCAGUGCGCUGCCUGGCCAGGAAUGAAAUGGCCGCUGUCAGCAGGGAGGUCAAGCUGGUGUCUAAUGGCCCUCACCCAGAGCUGACUGUAGCUGCUGCUGUGUUGGUGCUGCUGGUCAUUGUCAUCAUCUCACUCAUUGUCUUGGUUGUUAUCUGGAAACAGAAACCACGGUAUGAGAUCCGCUGGAGGGUCAUAGAGUCUGUGAGCCCAGACGGCCAUGAGUACAUCUACGUGGAUCCGAUGCAGCUUCCCUACGACUCCAGAUGGGAGUUCCCCCGCGACAGGCUGGUGCUCGGUCGUAUCCUCGGCUCUGGAGCCUUUGGGAAAGUGGUAGAGGGCACCGCCUAUGGACUCAGCCGCUCCCAACCUGUCAUGAAGGUGGCAGUGAAGAUGCUCAAACCCACGGCACGUUCCAGUGAAAAACAAGCCCUGAUGUCAGAACUGAAGAUCAUGACUCAUCUUGGACCUCAUCUCAACAUAGUUAACCUCCUGGGAGCGUGCACCAAGUCAGGCCCUAUCUACAUUAUUACGGAGUACUGCUUCUACGGGGACCUGGUCAACUACCUGCACAAGAACAGGGAGAACUUCCUCAGCCUGAAUCCAGAGAAGAAUAAUAAGAAAGAGCUGGACAUCUUUGGAAUCAACCCUGCAGACGAGAGCAGCAGGAGCUAUGUCAUCUUGUCCUUCGAGAGCAAAGGAGACUACAUGGAUAUGAAGCAGGCUGACAACACUCAGUAUGUGCCCAUGCUGGAGAUGAGCAACACCUCUAAGUACUCAGACAUCCAGGGGUCUAACUAUGACCACCCACCCUCUCAGAAAGGAUCAAACGAGGGCGAGAUGGACGACCUGCUGUCGGACGACAUGAACGAGGGCCUCACCACCACCGACCUGCUCAGUUUUACCUACCAGGUGGCCAAAGGCAUGGAGUUCCUGGCUUCCAAGAAUUGUGUGCAUCGGGAUCUCGCCGCCAGGAACGUCCUCCUCUCUCAGGGCAAGAUAGUGAAGAUCUGUGACUUCGGACUGGCCCGAGACAUCAUGCACGACAACAACUACGUCUCCAAAGGAAGUACUUUCCUGCCAGUAAAGUGGAUGGCACCGGAGAGUAUUUUUGACAACCUGUACACCACUCUUAGUGAUGUUUGGUCCUACGGCAUCCUGCUCUGGGAGAUAUUCUCCUUAGGUGGCACCCCGUACCCCGGGAUGGUCGUGGAUUCGAGCUUCUACAACAAGAUCAAGAGCGGAUACAGGAUGUCCAAACCGGAGCACGCGCCACAUGACGUGUAUGAGAUGAUGAUGAAGUGCUGGAACAGCGAACCGGAGAAGAGGCCUUCUUUCCUGGGUCUGAGUGACACCGUUGCUUCUUUGCUGCCCUCCAGCUACAAGAGACAUUACGAGAGGGUGAACCACGAGUUCCUGAAGAGCGACCACCCAGCCGUGACUCGAGUGUGCAUGGAAAACAACGACGCCUACAUCGGCAUCACCUACAAGAACCAGGGCAAGCUGAAGGACAGGGAAAGUGGCUUCGACGAGCAGCGGCUGAGCUCUGACAGCGGUUACAUCAUCCCCCUCCCUGACCUGGACCCCAUAUCUGAUGAUGAAUAUGGAAAGAGGAACAGACACGGCUCUCAGACAUCGGAGGAGAGCGCCAUCGAGACGGGCUCCAGCAGCUCCACUUUUGCUAAGCGGGAAGGUGAGACUCUGGAGGACAUCACGCUGCUGGACGAGAUGUGUCUGGACUGUAGUGACCUGGUGGAAGACAGCUUUCUGUGACAACUACCGAGCCUGUAGAGCAGAAGCAGCAAAGAAAAGAAAAAAAAGGGGUGCAAGGACACGGGAAACUGGAGAAAGACUUCAACCAAAGACUCUGCUGUAUACCCUCUAGCCACUCCAUCCCUCCUCCCUCACCGCCCCUUCAUGAGAGGACAGAACAAAACCACUUCGCUGUCUGGAUGAGUCUGCGGUGACAGCACGGUACGCCCUUCACUUCUCCCUGGACACUGCCCCACGUCGGGCUGGAGGAGUGAGCGAGCAUGAAUGAAAAAUGUGACGUCAAGGACUCAGAGAACCACCGAGCCUGCGUGUCGGACCUAUCGAGAUAAAAACAGAUAAACGAGAUUUGUCUUUAAAAUUUGCAGAGCUUUAUUCUAUCGGGCAUUCUUUUAACAGCAAUAUAAGCAAGGAAGGGACGAACUCAACAUGUCAGUCAGCAACUCUAAACGAACACCACAGGAUAUCAUUCAUAUGAUAUAUAUAUAUUUAACCACUACAGAUGCACUAAAAUAAAUGAGUCCAAUACUAGCAACAGCAUUGGCAGGUAGACUCACUUCACACUCACCUGCUGCAAGAGAAGCACCUGAUGCUGGCGCAAUCAGAAGCACAAAAUCUGGACUAUGUGCAUUUUUUGUGUGUGUGUUUAUGACCAUAUUAUGUUUUCAGUGGUUAAAUACGUGCAGUAUUUCAAAUUUAUUUUUUUACUUCAUCAUUAUGUAAACAUGUAUUAUUUGUGAAUACCGAGUAGAUAUUGACCAUAGCUGUUUGAAUGGUUAUUGAGUUGCAUGCAUCUUUGCAAUGUCUCACCUUUUUUUCUUUUUUUUUUGCCCAAAUACAACAUAAUGUUCUCAAAGGUCCGCCCCUUAAAGACUUCAGUCAUAUCUGUCAGAUGAAAAAAACGAAGUGAUUGUAUUGUAAAUAGCUCCAGAGUUGUUUUAUAAGAGAGAGAGAGAGAGUUAUUUGGAUAACAGUAUUUUAUGUAAGCACAUAAUAAGCUUCUGCAGCCCCCGAUGAGGCCAAUGCUUUCAAAGAAUCCAUCACAACGAAGGAAAUGUAACUCAUUUUCCUCAAUAGGAAUGACACAAAAACAUAUAUAGUCUUUGACAAUAGAAAUAUUCACAUUUUGUCGUGUUCACGUUUAAUGGAUAAGAUGGAUAACGGUAAAUUUAACCGCUACAAUAAAACGAGAAAUACAAAAUAAAAGGGAUGAAAGAGAAACUCAGCAAACACGACACUCUGUCCAAAGAAGUUCAGUGUUUUUAUAAGCAGGUUUUGUCCUCCAGUCUCAUAUUUUAUCUACUGUCCUGAAGUCUAUUAGCAGGUUCUAGUUAUACGAAGACACUAGAUGGACUAGAGAUUCAUGUCGAUCUGAUGUUAUACAUCAGUUAUGUGUAAACUCUUUGUAAUCCAGCUGUGCCACUGCCACCUGCCUCUCUCUGUUAACUGUGAUAUAAUCUGCAAUCAGCUGCUGCACUUUCCUUUUUUCUCCAUUUUGGUUUGGAUAUCGCAGAAGAGUUAGCCAGGCUGAGCUCGAAGAAAAAGAAAAAAAAAAACAAUAAAGAAACGUCUUGCUUUGGCUUUAGAUGUUGACGUGUGGAUGUGAAUGUUUGUUUGUGCCGCAGGUGAGUGAUGUGUUGUACGGUACAGUUAUCUGUAAUUAUAGGUAAUCACACCCAAUAUGAUGAUUUAUUACUAUGUUUCAUUAUUUUACAUCAUGUACAUUCAGAUGAUUUAUAUUUCAAUAAAUGAUUUAUAAUGUAAAAAA